CAUCACUCAGUCCCAGUGCCCUGGUGAGUUAGGUUCUCCUGGAACGGCAGCCGCAACCUUAGCACCAGACAUGAUUGGACUCACACAGCUGCUGUGCGCCGCCGCCCUGGUGGCCGUCGCUCAGGCCGGAGUCAUCGGCGGCUACGGUGGCUACGGCGGCUACGGGGGCUACAGCGCCCCCGCCCUCCACGCCGCCCCCGUCGCCGUGCACGCCGCGCCCGCCGUCGCCGUCAAGGCGGCGCCCGUCGCUGUCGACUAC